CUGUCUGCCUUGCUGUAGAGCAAGCGGAGCUUAAGGUAAACAGUAGUCUGCAGUGUCACAGUACGGCGAGCAUAUUUUUUUUUAAUGACCAGCAGGUAUUUUUAUUACCAAUCCAAGCUCACCGUUUCAGGAGGAUAAGACCAAAUUCUCUGUUAGUGAUGUCCAGUGUACUCGGAAUCAGGAAUGUGAUCAUAGCCUUGUCCUCUGCUCGAUGUUCCAAGUUUCGACAGUCUGAUAAGACAAUGUUACGGAGACCGCACCUCAUCAACAGAAUCGCCAGUAGUAACGUCGUUUCUCCUAUUCGGGGCGCUAGUACAACAGUGGGAGAUCAGGAGUAUAGGAAUUCAAACCCUGGGCCCACUCUCUCUGAUCCUAAACCUUUUUCGUCAAUACCUUGUCCUAAAGGAUGGCCGAUUCUGGGAACUGCUCUCGAAAUUGCAAAUAAUACUGGUAAAGUGCACCUCCUUCACUGCCAGAGAGUCAAGGAUUAUGGUCGAAUUUGGCGGGAAAAAGCAGGAGCAAUGGAUUUCGUUAUGGUGGCAUCCGCUGAGGCUGUGGAGGAUCUCAUUCGAAAUGAAGGUGAUAUCCCAUAUCGAAGAUCACAUCAUCUGCUUGCAGAAUACUAUAGAGUAAAAUCUCAACCAGAAGCCAUCUUGGUGUCCAAUGGUGAAAACUGGCGUCGUAUGCGGAGUGUUCUCGAGAAGCCAAUCCUCAAGCCCAGUUCGCUGAGUAACCACGUGACCUCAAUGCGUGCCGUGUCUUCGGACUUUUUGAACAGACUGGACACGUUGCGAGAUGACCGUGGUGACGUCAAUAACAUCGACUCCGAGUUGUUAAAGUGGUCACUGGAAGCUGCUGGUGUCGUUCUCUACAGUAGAAGACUGGGCUGUCUGUCUCGUGAUCCCCCGCCAGGCAUCGAGGAGUUUAUAGAAUCUGUGGGUCAAGUAAAUACACUACUAAGUACUUCUCGAACGUACCCUUUGUUCAUCCUUAAGACACUGAAGAGGAAACUAUGGAACCAGUUCAAUAAAGCGUGUGAUAAGUCCUUUGCUUUUGUCCAAAGAGAAAUCAACAAAAGUCUUGAGGAACCCGAGGCACAGUCCCUGGUCUCCCACGUCAUGGCAGGUGGAACUCUGACGUCAGCAGAGAUGUACUCAAACGUUUCAGAGAUAACACUGGCGUCUGGAGACACAACUUCCACCUGGGCCCACUUCAUACUGUGGGAGCUCUGCCAUCGUCCGUCACUCCAGGAAAAAGUGUACCAAGAGAUCAUGUCUGUUGUCGGAGAAAACGAAGAAAUCUCUUACUCCACUCUGAGUAAGCUGAAGUACACCACGGGGUUUGUGAAAGAGAUUCUUAGGUUACAUCCACCAAUUUUCAUCAAUCUCCGUAAGCUGAAACACGGGGGUGUCAUAUGCGGCUAUAAGAUUCCUCCUGAGACCACUAUUGCAGUAGCUAUGUACGCUCUCGGGAGAGACCCAAAUGUCUACAAAGACCCCGAGGAGAUCAAACCUGAACGAUGGAUACGGUCAUAUGAGGAAAGAGAUGUUAUGAACUCUUUCGCCUUCGUCCCCUUUGGUUGGGGUCAGAGGAGCUGCAUAGGUAGAAGAAUUGCAGUGGCAAACGUCCAAUUACUGUUAAUUGAGCUCCUUCGUCGGUUCAAGCUGACCACCGAGACGAAAGACCUCAACUUGAUAUCACGCCUCACCUUGACUCCUGGUCAGCCCAUCCAGCUGAAACUGACUCCCAGGAAGUAAACUGUUGUGUAAGGGAGGAGUCCACUGUGCUGGGGUUAUUGUGCGUGCUGCUUUGUGUGCCAACAUGUCGCUACAUCAUAAUUACAAUGUUCUAUCUGCCUUUUCUGGCUGGUUUUUUUUUUUUAGUUACUAAGACCAUGAGAUCAGAAAUCAAAUGAUCUAUUUGCUCUAUCAAAUUCGAAAGAUUAUUUGGUGUCAUUAUCAAGAUUUUCUAAGAAUUUCAUUCGAAAAAGCUUGACAAGAUGUGAAACUCAAAAUCUUUGACGUAAAAUUUCUCAAAACUAGGUUCAGAGCAGAUAGAACCUUGUAAUUCUGAUGUAGCGAUGUGUCAAGCGGAACGUAAUUCUUAUUCUUAUCAUGUUUGCGUAUUGUGUAGAGGAAAAUGCGGGAGAUAAGACAAUGGUCUACACCUCCUUGAAAUAAUGCAUCAAAGUCGAGACCAAGGAAGAUGGAGGUCUGUUGGGGAAAGAAGUAUGGCACCAACCAACGACAGACACGGCCAUGGUGACAGGUGACACAUGACAGUUUGUAGUGAAAAGAAGUAGAAAUUCCCCUCCAAUAAAGAUAUUUUCGAGAAAGAGAUGAGAGUCUACGGAUGCAUGAGCGUGUGUAUGAGCAUGUAUGUUGUGUAUGUGUUAUUGUAACUACGUGUCAGCGUAAUUGGUAGCAGAAAGUGAUGAAGGCACAACGAAAGACAGGCUGAAAGAUAUACAGAAUGAGACGGACGCUGAACGGACGAUAAAGAAAGAUGGGAAAAAAUUAGAGCUAUUUAAUGAUUAUAAAUUCAUUUUGUUGUAUGAAAAUUGGUUUAUAUUUGAGAUUUUAAAAGAACUAUCUAUCAUUCUUUUCUGUUGGGAAAAGGGCUUUAUGUCAUGUCGCUGUUAUGUACAUAAUACUAGAUGAGAAAAAAUUGAACUUCGCGACUAUCAUUUACUAUUACUAUACAUAUUGUAUUUCGCUCUGAACUAUAUUUAAGCAAACGCUGAUAUUAUACAGGGUGACCGAAACAAAUCAGCAACUAAAAUCCUAAUAAAAUCAAACAAAUUCUACUUUCUUAAAUCAGAGCUUUGGAAUCUUAAAUAACUUUGCAGACAGUGUGUGUCAAAAUGUAAUACAAAUCGAGAAAGACAUGUUAAAAUGGUAACAUGUUUCAUAAAGCACCGAAAAUUGACUUUUUUCGGAGAAAAAAAAUGUACUAAAAACGUUUUAACUGAUUCGGAAAAUGUGUAACACAUGUUUAAUAGAAAGCCGUAAUACUUUUGCCUCGAUUAUUGACAAUAAUGUUUUACACUAAUAUUUAACGUUUGAGUAAAAGUUCCAAGCAAAGGGAUAAAUUUAAAUACUGUUUAAAUAAGUUUUCUUUUCAACUGUAAACGCCCAAGCACUCGUUUUUGAAAGCUGUGAAUCACUUGCUCGUACAAGUCCUGGUCGAUGCAAGUAAUCUGAUUUGCGAUGGUCUCCUUUUUAUAAAAUGUGGCAAUCAUAUCGCAAUAUCCUUCGACUUGACACAUGCUCCAGGUCCCCUAUUUAACGAGUCGGCUGUUAAGCUGAUAUUUCUGAAUGAUUGAGCUUCAAUUAAGUCCUAUGCCUAUUGUCCCUUUUAGUCCUUGAUGUUUGGUGUCUCCUAGAUAUUGAUUGAAAACCUAUUUAUAUUAUAUUGACGUGAAAUUUGCACACUGUGUCUGCAAAAUCGGCUAAUAAAAGUAGAAAUUAUUAAGGAAUAGUAACAGAGAUUUUUACGGUCACCCUGCAGUUGAUUUCCUUGUAAUUUUGGUCAUAUGUUCCAACAGAUCAUUUCGUUUUUUCUUUUAAUACAUUUUUUUUUGGGGGGGGGGUGUCUUAAGAGGAGCACAGUUUCUUGAAAAAGAAGACAAAGAACAAAGACCGUUCUUGAAAAAAAUGAGACAGAAUUUUGUUCUUGACAGCCCUGGUGUUGAAACCUUUAUUCAAGAGCACGAAUAUUUGAAAAAAAUGUGCCUUUUGAUUUGGUGUUGUGUAUAAAAUCUUAGUAGAAUGAAUACAAAAAGCGGCUUGUCGACAAAGUUAAUGACGUCAUGAUAAGACUAGAUCUAGCGUUUAGACAAUUUGGCAUCGUCAGUGCUCCAUACAAAUGCUCCUGUUGAAUUAUUAAAAAUACGUUUUCGAAUUGCUAGAUA